UCGUCAUCCAUGGUAACUAGGGACGGAACCAGAGCACGAACCUACCUACAUAUUGGGAUUCUUCUUCGCCCUGAGUCGAUAUCGGAUCUUAUAUUGAUGGAAUAUUUACAUUUGAUCUCACUUAGGAUCGGGAACAAGCAGGGAGACCUACAUGAAUGAAUUAUUCUGGCCCGACCUCGCCCCUAAGAUUGAAUUGUGGAUCUCUCAGAGCGUCGCUGCUUCAGACAACCAAACAGCUCAUGAGUCCAUCAAGCUUACGUAUUGAAGGAACCCGAGCAGCUGAAGGGUAUGAUGACAAUGAUGGUAUGGAAGCACGGGAAGUGUGCUGCUGGACUCGCCUGUUAACUUCGGUUUCCGAUCUGAGUGAUAGAGCAACGAGACUUGUCGGCUUCCUGCUUACGACCAUGUGCUUUGCUACUGUUCUUCAAACCAUAAUCGAAGCAAAAAAAUAGAGAUAGAAAAAAAAAUCCUUUGUUCGCUUUCUCGUGUGUAUCCAUCCUUCCUCU